AUUUCCGAUUCCCAUCGAAAAUUUGGAUCCUGUUGGACGAAGAUUGCUGAUUUCUCUGAUCUCUGUUCCCAAAUUAUACAGUCCUCUUGGUAUUACCACCGUCCAUCCAUCCUUAUCCAUACGAAUCUACGAACUGAGAGGAAAUAAACAGAUGCCAAUUGAAAGAGAAAAAGAAAAGGAUUGAAAAAUCCAAAAGAAGCAAGAGGGUCUCCUAGAUUUCUGCUCUUUUACUUCAAAUUAUCUUGUUUAUAUAUCCACUCUACAGCCUUAGGCCUUCCUUCCCUCUCCCCAACUCUCUUUUCUUCUUCGCCUUCUCCUGUUACCCGCCUGUAGAUCUCCGAUUUUGGUUUCCCCGACUGAUUCUUCAUCGUUGAGCAAUUGGGUUUAGGGCAUUCAUCGAGUAGGAAUGCAAAAAGUUUGUAUGCUCCGUCUGAUUUUGGUUACUUUAUGGUAGCUGGUGGUGCCGGUUGUUCCGGUUUGGUGAUUGGGUUUCUGGGAUUGCAGGUGGGGAAGUGUAUGAGGGAUUUGAUUUGGGUAAUUUUAUUAUGUUCCGUGGAGGAUUCGGGAAGGAGCAUACGGAGGGAUUGUGGGUUUGUGAUCCGGAGCAGGAGUAGAUGGGGCAAAUGUGGUUGAGUCUUCUUUUAGUUGAUUGAGAAUUCGAGUUUUCUAUUUUGGUGCUGAACUGGAUAUCAGAUUUCGUGUUCAUUGUUCUUCAAGCUGGGUUUGAGACUUUGGGGAAAUGCAGACCGAUCACCGUAAGAAGGUGAAGUUUGGUAUCUCAUUGAAUUCUGCAGAAUUGGACUUUUUCUCUGAAUACGGAGAUGCUAACAGAUUCAAAAUCCAGGAAGUUAUUGGAAAGGGGAGUUAUGGUGUGGUUUGUUCAGCCGUUGACACUCUCACUAAUGAAAAAGUGGCAAUAAAGAAGAUACAUGAUAUUUUUGAACACGUAUCUGAUGCUGCUCGGAUUCUUCGUGAGAUAAAGCUACUCAGACUUCUACGACAUCCCGAUAUUGUCGAAAUCAAACACAUUAUGUUACCACCUUCUCGCAGGGGUUUCAAAGAUAUUUUUGUUGUGUUUGAGUUGAUGGAAUCAGAUUUGCAUCAAGUCAUCAAGGCCAACGAUGAUUUAACAAAAGAGCACUAUCAAUUUUUCCUUUACCAGCUACUCCGUGCACUGAAAUAUAUUCACACAGCAAAUGUUUACCAUCGGGAUUUAAAACCAAAGAAUAUAUUGGCAAAUGCAAAUUGCAAACUCAAAGUUUGUGAUUUUGGAUUGGCUAGAGUUGCUUUCAGCGACACCCCGACAACAAUAUUUUGGACGGACUAUGUUGCUACCAGAUGGUAUAGGGCUCCAGAGCUAUGUGGUUCUUUCUUCUCUAAGUAUACUCCUGCCAUUGACAUUUGGAGUAUUGGCUGCAUAUUUGCUGAAGUACUGACCGGAAAACCACUUUUUCCUGGUAAAAAUAUUGUUCACCAACUUGAUUUGAUGACAGAUCUCCUUGGAACGCCUUCGUUAGAUACCAUUUCUCGGGUAAGAAAUGAAAAGGCUAGGAGGUACUUAACUAGUAUGAGGAAGAAGCAGCCCAUACCCUUUUCACAGAAGUUCCCAAAUGUGGAUCCUCUAGCCCUGCAAUUACUACGACGAUUGCUUGCAUUUGAUCCAAAGGAUCGACCUACUGCCGAAGAGGCAUUGGCAGAUCCUUACUUUACGGGGCUGGCAAAAGUUGAGAGGGAACCUUCUUGCCAACCAAUCUCUAAGGUGGAGUUUGAGUUCGAGAGGAGGAAGGUCACGAAAGACGACAUUCGCGAGCUGAUAUUCCUCGAGAUACUAGAAUACCAUCCUCAACUGCUGAAAGACUACUUAAAUGGAACUGAGAGAUCAAAUUUUCUUUAUCCAAGUGCACUUGAUCAGUUCAAAAGGCAAUUUGCUCAUCUUGAAGAUAAUGGAGGGAAAAGUGGACCAGCUUAUCCUCUUGAAAGAAAGCAUGCAUCUCUUCCUAGGUCUUCAGUACAAUCAAAUACCAUUCCUCCUAAGCCAACAUCAAAUAUUGUUUCCUUUAAAGACCGAUAUGCACCAGCAGGCUCAUACAGCAGCCAGAGGAUUGCUGCUACUCAAGCCAAGCCUGGAAGAAUUUCGGGCCCGGUCAUGCCAUACGAUAGCGGUGGAAGUGUCGUUAAAGAUGCUUACGACCCAAGAACGUUAAUUAGAAGUGCCCUCCCUUCUCAUGCUAUCCAUCCCACAUAUUAUUACCAACAAUCUUGCGGCCAAAAUGAAGGAAGAACAGCAUCAGGGGCUGAGCAGGACACUUCCUUGCAAUGUAAACAAUCCCCUCAAUGUGGAAUGGCUGCCAAGUUAGCAGCAGAUACAGCUGCUACUGGUGCUUUCUCAAAUCCUUUCCUUAUGGCGCGAGUAGGCAUCCCCAGGGUGGGAAACAAUGACCGUGCUGCUGCACGUUUGCAGGUAAAUGCUCAAUAUGAUGCUGGAGCCAUUGCUGCCACCACCCGAAGAAACGCGGGUGCAGUCGAGUAUGGUAUGGCAAGAAUGUAUUAGAGAAGCUAUCUGAUUGAACUUUCGUUCCAUGUGUGUGGAGGUUCUACAGCUUUUUACAAGUUCGUUUGGAGUUUUGGAUGUACUAAAAGAACGAUGUUCGCCUCGAAUUUGCUUGAAUAGUUUGAAGGAACAAUCAAGCUUCAUGUAUUUAGUUGGGAAAAAGAAGAAUCAAUGCUUCUGAUUGCUUCAGUUUUCGAA